UGGGCGAGACGGCUCAGGCCACGGCGGCCUCAGCCGCAGGGGAGGUCCCCUCGUAGCCCGCCGCUGUCAGUACGCGCGGCGAGGCGCGGGCGAGGAGGCGGGCAGAGUGAGCCGGGGACCCCCCCCCACCCCCCACCACGCACACCCCGAGGACGCACCUCGUGGCGCCGGCAGGGAGCGACCGGCGGGACGGGACCCGCACUGCAGGGAGCCCGAGGGAGUUCCCCCCUCCCCCUCUCCGCCGAUACUCGUGGGCUCGAGUGCGCGAAGUGAAGAAGGAGCCGCUGGAGCUGAGCCUGAGCCGCGCGUGCGGCCGCCUCGAGGGCUCCCUGUCGUCGUCUCCCAUGAGCACCCCCUGCAGUUCCGUGCCGCCCUCCCCCACCUUCAGCGCGCACAGCCCCGGGGCGCCGCGCCCCAGCCUCGAGGACUUGUACUGGAUGUCCCACUACCAACAGCCGCAGCCGCAGCAGCAGCAGCCGCAGCAUCCACAGCAGCAGCAGCACGCGCACCAACCCCAGCAGCAGCAGCAGCAGCAACAGCAGCAGCAGCACCUAAACCCAGAGGCACUGAACCUGACCCCGGAGGACGCGGUCGAGGCCCUCAUCGGCUGCGCCCACGCCGCGCAGGGCUUCGAUUGCUACCGCGCGCCCGUGCCGCAGUUCGCGGGGCUGGGCACCAGCGGCCGGGAGGAGCUGCAGGGAGAGACCUCGAGCCACGAGGGUGGACAGCCGGCGGUCGCGAGCCACCACAACCACCACGGCCACAACCACCACCACCACCACAACCACCACGGCCACCACGGCCACGGCGGGACGUCGGGCCAGCAGCAGCACGGGGCACGCGUGGACGAGCGCUUCUCCGAGGACCAGCUGGUGUCCAUGUCGGUGCGGGACCUCAACCGGCAGCUGCGCGGCUUCAGCAAGGAGGAGGUGAUCCGCCUCAAGCAGAAGCGGCGCACGCUCAAGAACCGCGGCUACGCGCAGUCGUGCCGCUACAAGCGCGUGCAGCAGAGGCACCUGCUGGAGCACGAGAAGACAGAGCUGCUGCGCCAGGUGGAGUCCCUGAAGCAGGAGCUGGCGCGGCUCGCGCGCGAGCGCGACGCCUACAAAGACAAGUACGAGCGACUCGUCGUGGGAGGCGGCGCGGGUGGAGGAGGUGGUGGUGGUGGUGGAGGAAGUGGAGGAGGUGGUUAUUUCAGGGACGCUGGCUCCCACAGCAGCGGCAGCCCUUCCUCGCCCGAGUUUUUCCUGUGAGUCUCCGCCGCGCGCCGGCCCCAUCCUCCCGUCGCCUCCCCCCCUCUGCUGCGACUCGCGGCGCUCGCGCGAUCGCCUCCGCGUGCCUCUCGCUCCGGGCCGUGCGGAGGGGUCUGAAGGCCGGGACGACUGGGACCUCUAUGGCCAGUUGUCAACAUCAUCAUCAUCCGCAGCAGCAGCAAGCGCAUCAUCAUCAACAACAACCACAUCACCACCAUCAGCGGCAGCAUCAUAAUCACGAUGAUCAUGAUCAUCAUCAUCCGCAU